AUGCUGGUACAAGAGAUGGUCCUCAACAACGACUCCAACCAAUCCCAAGAUAUCUACGAACGGCACUUUGCACCCAUGAAGUCGUCUAAGUCGGACGUCCCAUUCCCCCUGGCCACCCCUCGAAAACGUGCGCCUUCAGUAGCCUCGAUCGCAGACCUAGCGGAACAGGAUGGACAGUCGGUGGGUGUCCUCACAAUCAAAGCGACGGACUCUCCACUUCGCGGAGCAGACAAAACUUCCGAUCAGACGAUAUGCCGUGAUCCUGACGUUGACGCGACUCCUGGCGAGCCCAAGUUGUCGCUGCACGAUCUUCCAUCAGAAGUGCAGGGCAAAGUGCUCGACUUCAUCUUUGGUGACAUGCACUCUGUAUAUGCUGCGAGCACAUCAUUACGAGGCAAGAGCGUGUCUUCCCUAAUGCGACAUCCUCGGAGGAAAGCAGUCUCGGAUCUGGCGUUGGUGUCGCCUGCAUGGCGCGACCUGGUUCAAGAGCGGAUAUACAGACACAUCAAGGUCAAAGGCACCCGAGCAGGGCUUGCCGAGUCGGAGGAGUUCUUCGUCACUCAUCUGCACCUGACCAAAUUCGUGCGCCAUAUCGAGUUCUGGGUUCCUGUUUGGGGAGACAAGGCAUCCUCAGACAAUCGGACCUUCGGGCCGGUCAUGCAUGGACCUGAACGGCCAGGAUAUUUCCACCUCGCAAACACGGCGAACGAAAGUCUGAUUCCAGCGAACGACUUUCUAGGCUUCGGCUUCAAGCUAUGCGCCUAUUCAGCAACACUGUCCGAAAUCUUCAACCACGUCAAUUGUUUCUUUCCCAACUCGCGUGUCUUCACUCUCGAAGGCGGCCACUGCAAGAAAUCCAACAUGAUCCGACAUUUCCCACAGACCCUGUUCCCCGACCCGAACCAAAGCCUGGAAAAAUUGCCUAAUAUUCGAACAUUUGCGAUGCGCGGAGCAUGGAAUAUCAUGCGGAACUACAGUCACUGGAAGACGAUCGAGUCGGCACUGCCAAACGUGGAAGAAUGGCACUGCGGCUAUGCUAAGCCACGGAUUGAAGCAGACGCCACGAUCAACAAGAUUCUGCAACAUCUACCAUCGCAACUGCGCCAUGUCAAUAUAUCUCUUGACGGAAUGUACAGCAAAGAUCCGCUGACAGUCGGCUCCAGCUACACACCAGGCCAACCACAUCUCUGCGAACGACUAGGUCGAGUCCUGCCCCAUCUCGAGUCCUUGACCUUUACAGGCAAGGUCUGCGAAUGUCUGUGGACGUCUGCCUUCUCGGCGCUCUCCGGUCUAAAGGAGGAGCCGCGGCUCAAGGCUCUCGAACUCGUUGUGAAAGCGUGCUGUCGCCAGCGCGUCUCCGACAUCGACCCGGAGACAGGCGAGACCAUCGUCCACGAACUCGGCGGUGUCAUGGCCGACGGCGCAGGGAUUACUAACUUAGUCUUCAUCCGGGCCUUUGAGCGCUUGGUUCUGCAUACCGUCGAAGCACUCGCGCGGUUUCCUCAUCUCAACUACGUUCGCAUUCGUUUCAUCGAUCUGGAUUCCCCUUGUACGCUACUCAAUCCGUACUGGCAGCUCGAGAACGGCAAAGUAUAUGGGAUAUGGAACGAAGAGAUCGUCGAGCGUCUCAGCGAGGUGAAACCCGAUGUCGAGUAUGAUGAGCUGGGCGAUGGCAUCGAGUACGCUGGACACCGCCGCAAAUCCACUUCUGCUUCUCCUGGCGUCACUGGCAUCGGUGCCAAUAGCAACAGUGGUCGCACGGACACUCUGGGCCCGACUAUUACCAGUGCGACGGCCAGUCCCAAUGCGUCGGCGGUGACCGGACUCGGCAUGGGCUCUGGAUGCAGUCUCUAUCCGAAGUGGAAACCGCGCAGUAUCAAGACGACUAGUUACAAGGUCGUCGCUGACGCGAGGGGCAGUUGA